UUCAAAAUGGCGAACGUUUAAGGCCGACUGAGAGAUCUAUCACACAAAAGAUGAAGAAAUGAUGAAGACGUGUUUUAAAUAUAGACAAAGUGCGAAGAUGGAAAAGUCUACAGAGAUAAGAAAUGUUGCUUUCCUUUUAUGUUUCACAUGCGUAUUGCUGACGGGUUCAACAGGACAGACCACAGAUGACGCCAAUAUUACAUCAUCGACAAGCACACCCGGCAACACUAUGGUGACUUCACCCUCAACAACAGACGCCAUGAUGAAUACCACAUAUGACAUCCAAAUGAAUUCUUCUGAACCAACGACGUCACCGCAAACAUCCACACAACAAACGAUUGCCACAAAUGGCACAACAACGGGGCAAAUGACGAAUGACACAACCGGUGGUUCCACCUCACUUCCACCAACCAACAGCUCAACAACUUUGGCACCAACGACAAUGCCAACAACAACACUUCCGACGACAACAACAACAUCUACGACGACAACAACACCUACAGCAGCAAUAACAACACCUACGCCAACAUUAAAACCUUCGACAACAACAACACAAACAACGAUGACGACGACUAAACAAACGCAAACGAUGACGACGACUAAACAAACGCAAACGAUGAAGAAAACCACAACAGAAACAAAAGGGGCGACAGACAAAGUUGUCGACACCGAGACAUCGUUUGGAAGGAUUGGUUUACCGUUGUUUAUCAUCACAUUUGCUGCACUGCUUUGUGUCGUGUUGGGGAUAGUAAUAUUCUACUUUCACGGGAAGCGGAGAUCUGGCUCACAUUACCUGGAGGAGAAUGGUGGUCCGGGCGGAAACGUCAGGGGUGGACCAAUGACUCUGCAGAUGGAAGGGAUGGACUACGGGACAAAAUUCGAGACUAUUGACCUGGAAGAUGAAAGAAAAUCAGCGACUGACAAUGAUAAUAAUACUGGACUCCUAUCGUUCAAACACAAUCCAGCUGAGACCGAGACUGGCAGUAAAGAUGACGUUAACUCCAUCACAGUAGAACCGCCAUCUUGGUUGCGAGUAGAACCGACAAGUAACGAUGACACAGCCUCAAAUUUCUCUACGCAAGCGCAAACUGACGACAAAGACCCGGAACAGGAAGAAGAAGAACCGUCAGAUAAUAACGAACCAGCAAACGAUAACCUUGAGGGGUCCGAUUUAGAUUCCGUGAACAGUUCAGCAGCAGACGAAAAAGAAUUUCCACUCCCACCGCCACCGGAAGUAUCAGAUGACCCUGGUGAAGAAAAAACAGAAAUGUGACAUUCUGGGUUUAAUCCGUUUCCGGUUGUAACUCACUAGGAAUUCAAAUCAAAAUAUAUCAGCACAUGGACUUAUCAAAGUUCAUGAAUAUUUCACUUUAACACAAUUAUUUGGAAAAGUAUCUAUAUACAAAAGUAAAUUCAGAAGUCAAUUUUCGUAACGCGUCUUAUCGAGAACCAGGACAAAAAGAUCAUUAAAAAAUUUAAGACCCCGAAAACCCCAAACGGUGGAAAAUAUAAUUAAUGUUUGAUAAUUAUUUUAUUUAUUAAUUUUUUCAUUUUUACCUUUUUUAUCAUUUAUUUAAAAGUAAAAUGAAUUCGAUCAUUAAUUUUCUUGCUAUAACACAAUUGUUACGGCACCGGGCUAUAUAAACUCAGAGGUGUAUGGGCCCAUUCCGCUCGGGACGGAUUGUGUUUCCUCCUGUGCUACAAAGUAUAUGACGGGCCUCCCGUAUGUUAUUCACCGAGGUAGCCAUCAGCUAAUACAAGGACUACUCCGUCAAUUAUAAUCUUUGGAUCUGUGUGGCUUCAGUUCAUUAUGACUAACUUUGGAUAUCUUAUGUUAAUACAACAAGCUGAAUUGUCUAAAUAUUUCUUUUAAUUUCUGUAAUAUUGAAUGAUUACAUAACUAUCUGUUUAAUUAUACUUAAUUUCAUGUCGAUAACCGUAGCGACAAUAACAAUUAUUCUGAGUACUUUAUUAAAUUAUAUCAAAAUUGAUUCAAAUCCAGCUAUCUAGAUUUACCUCCCUUCGAAAAAGUUUAAGCAACCAUUCCAUUUAUGUUUAAUACUAUUCCAAUCCAAGCUCUCUGGAGUUACGUCCCUUGAAUGAUAUUACAUUUACGUUUCAUUUAUAUUUGAUGUUAUUAAAUUAUUAAUGAUAAGUUAAGUUUGAUUAAAAACAAUAUUACCAGAAUGUGAGGGUAAUCAUAAUAAAUUUAUUUUAAUAUAAUUUCUGACUGUAUGUUGAAAGAUGUGUCUUAGAUGUUGAAUGAAUGACGUAAGUAUGCAAAUACAAUUGUGUACUGAUACACUUGUUUCUGAAAAAAAUAGCAUUUGGGACUGAUGGACAUGAACAUUGAAAUCCGCAUGGUGAAAAAGAUAUAAUGAUUACUUUAAGGUUUUUCAAUUGUAUCAAUUAAGUAAAAAAAUAUAAUGUAUUGAUAUUUGAAAAUACAAAUAUAGGUAUCUUUGUGAUAAUAAUAAUUAUCAAAUUAUCAACGGUAAAUACCUUACUAACGCUAGUGUUAUAUAUUCUAUACAAAUUGAAGAACUGCUCUCUCUAUAUAUAUAUAUAUUCGUCAAAUUUCGUUUACUUAAAAUUUAUACAAUUUAUGUAAGAUUUUAUCUUUUCUUUCAAUGGAGAGAAGGAAGGGGGACAGAUUUUUUAAAAAUAAAGUUUAUAAAAAGGGUCACGUUUGAGCGCCAUGUCAAGUGAAAUAAGGCUAUAGAUAGGAACAUUACCCCAUUACAACAAAUAAACUAUUAAUUCCUUUAGCAUCUAUUACAAAAUUUUGUCUUUUCUGAUUUUAUUUCAUUAUUCCGUUGCCUGUACAAGUUUUGCUUUAAUUUCAUAUUAAAAUAUUUUAAAUAUGAUAUGUUAUCAUAGUUUUGACUAAGAUCGUUUGUUGAACAAUAAAACUAAACGCCGACUCAUGGUCAUGAAAGGGGCAAACAUUGUUUUGCCAAUUGUAGAAAUCUCGUUUAUCUAAUCAUUUUGUUGUCGAAAUUAUUUCCGUGUAAUAAAAAUUAAUGCGUAUGUAAAAUUUGUAUAUUGGUAAUAUGUUAUUAGAUAUUUAUACUGCACCCUGAAUGUUUUGAAUUUGUGAUGAGUGGUGAAAAUUUGUUAAGUAUCAAUUAAAAAAAAAGUUCCACCAAUCCCUUUUCAUCCAACGUCGAUUCAUCGAACAUCCUGUAUAUAUAUGAACAUAUUUAAAAAAGCUGUUAAUAAUUGAAAUUCACAUCAUUUUUUCCUCAGUGCAUACGUACUUAUUUAUGACAACAUCAAAAUGUUGUAAAUUCUCAGUAAUAGAGGAGGUUCAGUCUUUUUUUUUAAAUUAUUGACCAAUGUUACAUCGUUUAUUUCUUCAAUAUCUGAAAUAAUGGAUAUUUUCGCCAAGAAGUUAUCGUGGCAAGUUUCAUGUCGUGGUAUACAAAAUCCUAUCAAUCUUGUGCACAGAACAGUUGUCGAGCGCAGAUCGUGGUACAAACAUACACAUUUCUCUGUAGGACAUAAAUGUAUGUGAUACGGGGAAAAUAUCGUGGUACAAAAACUACUUUAAAGAUUUUUUGUGAUACAAAUCAUAUCGAUAUGUUAAUCUCGUGGUCACAUUGUUUUACCACUGAUUUAGAUAUACAUCUAAGUCCGUGUUGGUAUCAACACUAUGGUAAGAAUUUUUUGUCACGGAAUAUUUCGUUUCACAAGAUAGGAAUAAUAAAUCUCAUGAUAUGAUCGGUAUUUUUAACUUAUCUUGUGGUACGUCAUCUUUAUCGUAAGACUUCUGUAUUGUACAAAUACAUUGUACAUUGUACGACUUGCUUGGAUAGCAAAAGGAAAGGGAGAUAACCUGGAUUGUUGUAAUACUAUUUUCAUAAAUAUCGGAAAUAGCGAGUCCCGAUAUUAGUUUUUAAUAUUAGACGUGUACAUUGCGAGACUGGACCUUCCACUUUGGGUGAGGUUUGAAAACAAUCAUCCUAUAUAGAUUUGCGUAUGCAUCAUACAUAUGUAUCAUUCUAUAUUAAGUACAUAGAGAUGUAUAUAUUUUUUCAUAGCUAUAAAUAAAAACUUCUAAUAAACUCA